UAGCCAAGGAUAGGAUGCAAGCAGACCUCGAUGCGAGGCCAGAAGAUUUGAACAUCAGGAGGUCAACCUCCUCCGGCUUCUGGAACAAGGAGCCUGCCAGCGGAGACUACGGCCUGAUCAUUAACGGGCACAGCUUGGCCUACGCACUGGAGGGGGAGCUGGCGGAACUGCUGGUGGACACAGCCUGCCUGUGCAAAACGGUGAUCUGCUGCCGGGUGACUCCGCUGCAGAAGGCCCAAGUGGUGGACCUGGUGAAGAAGUACAGGAACGCCGUCACCCUGGCCAUCGGAGAUGGCGCCAACGAUGUCGGCAUGAUCAAAACUGCCCACAUUGGCGUCGGCAUCAGUGGCCAGGAGGGGAUGCAGGCGGUGAUGUCCAGCGACUUCUCCUUCGCCCAGUUCCGCUACCUACAGCGGCUACUGCUGGUCCACGGCCGGUGGUCGUACAUCCGCAUGUGCAAGUUCUUGUCUUACUUCUUCUACAAAAACUUUGCGUUCACGCUGGUGCACUUCUGGUUCGGCUUCUUCUCCGGCUUCUCCGCCCAGACGGUGUACGACGAAUGGUUCAUCACCCUUUACAACAUGGUAUACACCUGUUUGCCAGUGCUUGGAAUGAGCCUCUUUGACCAGGACGUGGAUGACCGCUGGAGCCUGCAGUUUCCCCAGCUCUACGUCCCUGGCCAGCAGAACCUGUACUUCAACAAGAAGGAGUUUGCCAAGUGCAUCCUCUACAGCAUCUACAGCUCCCUGGUGCUUUUCCUGGUCCCUUACGGAACCACUUUUGAUUCUGUGCGGAACGACGGGAGGAAUGUUGCGGAUUAUCAGUCCUUCGCCCUCAUGGUCCAGACCUGUCUGCUCAUCGUGGUGUCGGUCCAGAUGGGCUUAGACACGGCCUACUGGACGGCUGUGAACCAGCUCUUCCUCUGGGGCAGCCUGGCCAUCUACUUUGUCAUCACCUUCACCUUGUACAGCGACGGCACCUACCAGAUAUUCACCUCCUCCUUCCCCUUUGUCGGCACCGCCCGGAACAUCCUCAACCAGCCCAAGGUGUGGCUCUCCAUCUGCCUCUGUGUGAGUCUCUGCGUCCUGCCGGUCAUCGCCUUCCGGUUCCUCAAGGUGCAGCUCAUGCCCAGCCUCAGCGAUCAGGUACUCCUUGUGGCCCAGGAUUUGGGCCCCAAUUGGGCCCCAGGAGGUCCAGAGCAGGGUCCACCCCCCCUUCCCCCACCCCCCGGCCUGGGACCUUAG